AUGAAGAUAAUUGCUUGGAAUGUUAGGGGAGCCUCAAACAAUGCUUUUGUUCCUCAUGCAUGGGACGUGGUUAGAUUUCAUAAUCCUUCAAUCUUCGUUAUUUUUGAAACCAAAGCGGAGGAAUGUCGUGCUAGGCAAGUUUCCAAACUUCUGGGGUUUGAUGACUUUAAGGCUAUGCCUCCUCAUGGGCUAAAAGGUGGAAUUUGGCUCAUGUGGAAACGCAAUAUAGACCUUGUUAGCUGGAGUGAAGUAUCACCGUAUUACUUCCAUUCAUUGUUUAAGUUUAGCCCUAACCAGCCCGAAGUGCUUAUUACGGGUAUGCAUGCCCCUUCUACGGCUAAGGAGAGGCACCAAAUUUGGCGUAAUAUGGAGCAGAAUUUGCCUCCUGACCAGGUGCCUUGGAUGGUUGUGGGUGAUUUGAAUGAAGUAAGGAACCAAGGAGAAAAAUCUGGAGGUAGGGUGUUUCGCCCUUCUCAAUGCAAUGAUCUAAACUCCUUCAUGGACGCUGCAUGUUGGUUGACCUUGGGUUUGAUGGAUUUAAAUGGAAACUGGAUCUCUGAUGAUUUGCUUUUGAAAAAUCUAGCACGAAAUGCUUUCAUUGACAUAUUUACCACGAAACAUUACCUUAGUAAUCGCAUGCCUUCCUUUAAUUCUCAAAUUCAUGUGUUGCAUGAGGAAAGUGCAGAUUUAAUAAAACCUUUUUCGAUUGAGGAAGUUGGUGUAAUAGUUAAGUCCAUGGCCCCUCUUAAGAGUCCGGGUCCGGAUGGUAUCCAACCCAUCUUUUACCAGCAAUUCUGGAGCACUCUCAAUGACCACCUUGUUUCCUUUUUAAAUAAAUGUUUUGAUGAGGGUAGUGUACCAAACUCCAUUAACAAGUCUUACCUUUGUCUUAUACCAAAGAAAGAGGUCCCUUCUGUUAUUAAUGAUUUCCGUCCAAUAGGUCUUUGCAAUACUAUUCUCAAGCUCCUUACUAAGUCUAUUGCUGCUAGAAUGCGUAGUAUCAUGCCUAAGUUAAUAAAUCCUUUGCAAACUAGCUUCAUUUUAGAUAGAACCAUUGAUGAGAAUAUCAUUAUUAUUAAGGAAGUGGCGCACCUUUUCAAAAGGGCUAAAAAGGGUGCUAAUAUCAUGGCGCUCAAAAUUGACCUCACCAAAGCCUUUGACAGCCUGGAAUGGGCCUUCAUUAGAGACACGUUGCUUGGUUUUAAGUUUCCUAUCAAGCUUGUUAGCAUCAUCAUGAACAUCAUUACUUCCCCUACCAUUUCUGUUUUGUGGAAUGGUGAAAUAACUUCUGAUUUCAUUCCUUCAAGGGGAAUUCGUCAGGGAGAUCCUCUCUCCCCUUACAUCUUCGUUCUUUGUAUGGAACGUCUUAGUCAAUUAAUACAAGAAAAGUUAAAUCUCAACUUAUGGAAACCUCUGAUGAUUGCAAAAGAUAUUGGCCUUUCUCACCUUUUCUAUGCAGAUGAUGUUUUCCUUUUUGGGAAAGCGUCAUGGGCUAACAUGGAUGUAAUGCUAGAAGUUCUUAGGGAUUUUGGGAAACUUUCAGGUCUAUUCCUUAACAACUUGAAAUCUACCAUCAUUGUCCCAAGGAAAAUGGACCAUAAUGUCAGACUUUCCAUUUCAAGUCACUGUAACCUGCGUGUUUCUUCAGACUUUGGGAGCUAUCUGGGUAUUAAAAUUUCACCUAAUAAGCUCAAAAAAACUGAUUAUCAAGGACUUUUAGAUAAGACAAAAGAUAGAAUCCGAGGGUGGCAGGCAAAACUUUUAAAUAUGGCAGGAAGAUGUACUCUUAUCAAAUCGGUCCUUAAUACGUAUCCUCUUUAUGCCAUGCAAACAAAUAUUAUCCCUAUGGGUGUGCUUGAUGAGUUGCAAAAAAACACUAAACGUUUCUUGUGGAACAAGGUAGGCCAACGACACUAUAUUUCUAGAACCUCGUGGAGUCAAGUUUGUUAUCCCAUGAUGGCGGGGGGUCUUGGAAUCAGGGACUUAAAGAGAUGGAAUAUUUGCUUCAUGGCCAAACUAGGAUGGAAAUUCCUCACGCAACCUAAUAAACUUUGGGUUCAAGUUUUGAAAGCUAAAUAUUGUAAAAACUCAAAUCUGCUUGAUGCUAUGCCUAAUCAAUCUCAGUCUACUAUUUGGAGGGACAUUUUGAAAGGGAGAGAUCUUUUAAAUAAGGGCCUAGUUUAUAAUGUUGGGAAUGGGGAAGACAUUUCUUUAUGGUAUCACCAUUGGGUUGGGAAUGAACCCCUUUAUAAGCAUCCUGACAUUAAUAUACCUGAUUCUAAGGCUCAUUGGAGAGUUGCUCGAAUUAUACGUAAUGGGGCUUGGCACUUGGACUCCAUUAUUUCCUUGCUCCCUCAUGACAUUGCUCUUUCCAUAAAAGCUAUUCCCCUCCCCAAACUUGCCGAGAUUAAAGAUGGACUAAGAUGGAUCUUCUCUAAGGAUGGUCACUUUGAUAUUAAAUCUGCUUAUCAUUGUUGGCUUGAGAUCUUUGUUAUUGCUAUAUGGCAUAUUUGGAAGAACAGGAACAAAGCGGUUUUUGAUGGAGCAAUGAUAAGAUCUUCUACCCAAUAUAACCAGUUUCUUAUUGACCAUUUGCAUAACAAUGAUGCCUUCCUUAAACAGAACAUUACAAAGCCAAGGGUAAGUCAAGCUAUCGUUUGGAGGCCUCCAGUUCAUGGUUACUUGAAGCUAAACACGGAUGGUGCUUGGAAGACAAACAACAAGGCAAGUGGGGGUGGCGUGAUAAGAAGAACAGAUGGGUCCUGGUUCAUGGGAUUCUCAAUCAAGUUUGAUGCUAUUAAUCCUGCAGCAGCCGAGUUAGCAACGAUUAGAGAAGGCUUGACUAUGGCUAAGGACCACAACAUCAGUAGGUUAGAGGUGGAAACUGACGCUCAAGCGUUGAAGAUUAUGAUGGAUAGAGCAGAGAAGGUCCCUCACCACCAGCUCAGCGCGAUUAUUUGUGACAUAGUUAAGCUGAUAAAAACUAACUGGGUUGUUGUGUUUCUUCAUGCAAAGAGGGAUGCUAACAUGGUAGCCCACAAAUUGGCCAGGUUUGGGAUGGAAAUGGAGAUGGAUAAAGUCACUCACACUGCUCCACCGCAAUGUGUUUUACAGGAGUAUAUGCAGGAGUUGGCUUAUGCAGAACUCCUUGAUGAGGAAAAUAUAAAUGUUCCAGCAUGGUUUACUUUCAAUUCGAAGGAUGGUGAGAAUGUGGUGAGUGGUGAUUCCUUGCUUAUAACAAUACCAUGGUUGUUUUUAUUAAUUCUAGAAGUGGUGGAAGACAUGGCCCUCAACUCAAAUUAA